AAACCGGCGUUACUCCUCCGGACCAUCUCAGAUUCUCAAAAGCAAUAUCGGGAAGUAGGAUGUCCUCUCAAGGAAUGAAGACUCUGGGGAUCCUUCGCUAAGCACCGAUGAAAAAUCUGUCGGUUCCUGGUGGGAUGAAAAUAAGAAAUUAUACGAGGGAGAGAAAAGAUGCGACAGCCCACGCCAAGACUCAGGGCCAGAAAAAGCAAGCCACGAUGAUAAGCUCCACCGCAUAUCUAAUCCAUUUUACAAACUACUCACACGACAUCAUGCCUCCAUGGACGUUCUCCACAAACUAACACUCCUUUGAAACUCUAAAAUAUAUCAAGUCCGUGAGAAGAAGAGAAACAUGUCCGAGCCGUAUAAGAAGGUGGGGAGGGGGGGAGCGGGGAACUUUUACAGCAAGAAGGACGUCGAGGAUGUCAAGGGGAAGGGGAAAGCCGUUGACCCCGAAGCCCUCCCUCCCUCAACAGCAGACCUAACCCGCGCCAUCUCUGCCUCUCAAAUAGCGCCCGAAUACCUACACACCGGCCGGGGCGGCGCAGGAAACUGGCUCAAACCCACCGACCUCACCUCCUCCGGCCUCACCCAAAUGUCGCUCCCGGACCCAACAUCGAUCACACCCUCCUCUCCCUCGUCCACCGAAGCCGGCCCCUCCUCGCCUUCCUCUUCCCCUGCACCAUCGCACUCCGCCAGUCGACCCGGCAUAGGGGUUUCGAAAAGAGUCCUUGGGGGGAGUAAACCCACGUAUAAGGGGGGAAGGGGGGGAGCAGGGAAUUAUACGGAUUUCGAGGCGGAGGAGAGGGCGAGGAGGGGAGUUAUGAGAUGAAUUAGAGGCAGGGAUGGCUGUCGAUGGUCGCUUUUGAUUUUGGAGUUUGAGGAUUUGGGUUGGAUGCUGGGGUUAUUUGCGUGUCCUUUUUGGUGUUGGAUAAUGGAUGA